CCUCUGAAGCUGCAGAGCGGCGGUAUCUGCUGCGCUCUUGUCCUCACAAAGGUCGUCUUCAUUCAGUCCUGAGGGGUGUGAGGAGAUGAUGUGUCGGCGGGGUGCCACCAUCAGGGUGCCGCACAGCCUGGAUACCGUUCACCCAACAGGAUCGGGAUGUUCUGAGCUCGAACUAUGAACGAGCUGCAACAGGAUCCGAGGAAUACAGGCAUCUGACCGGGGUGCAGCAGGAUCUCUGGACUGACCCGAUCAUGAAGUCCCAGAAGGCCCAAGGUGUCCUACCAACUUCUCCCUGCCCACGCAAGCGCCGCUUCACCCUACGCAGCAAAAAGAAGAAGUACGGGGUGAUCCGAGGCAAGCUUCGCAUCCGCUCCAUUCCCGGAGCCUUCCUGGUGCUGGGGGUCAUUGUGGUGGUUGUUGGCACGGCGCUGGCUGUGGCGGGGUACUGGCCCUACCGGAUAUCCAGGGUGCCGCUCCUGGGAGCCGCUGAGGGGGACGGUAUCCCUGAGUCGCAGAGUUCCGGCUGGAGUAUGGGAGCAAAGAGCCUCCUCUACACAGCCAGCUUCAUCCACAGUGAACGGAUGAAGCUGCUGGGGCCCGUCAUCAUGGGAGUGGGCCUCUUCAUCCUCAUAUGUGCCAACACUGUCCUGUACGAGAACCGGGACAGGGAGACGCAGAUGUUGCUGGCUCAGAUGCACAGCAUGAUCUGCUCCGUGUCCGCGGUUGUCCCCUCGGUGGACCUCAAAGACAUUGCUGUAGCCAACUCCAUGUCCAGACACUACGAGUGGCUGAGCAGUUUACCCGCUGCCCACCUCAACAUCCUCUGUGUGCAGCAGCUCACCAGCUCCGAGCCCCUGCUGCGCACAAGACCCCCCGCAGAGCAGGAGGACCAGGCAGAGGGCAUCUACCAGCAGCAGGCCGUGCUCCAGACAGAAGCCCUCCACCACCAGGAAUCAGAGUCUCCGUCUUCCCUCCACUCCUCCCACUCUAACUCCUGUAACUCCAGUCAGACUGAUUUGAACACGCAGUUCGGAGCUGAUGACGGUGCCAGCUUCACUCGCCCGCUCGUCAACAACUUCCUGCAGUCGGCCAGCUCCAUGUCCACCCUGGACGAGAUGGAACACCACGCCGCGCAGCCGAGGCGCUGCCACAGUAUGAGCUACAGGACUAACCCGUACACAGCUCCACCUGUGCGUCUAGAGAGUGGAGAGGAGGGGGAGAUAAAUCAGCAGGUGGUCUCAGGUAGAGAGGCUUCCUCAGAUGUUUGCGUGAACAUCCCUUGGGCGGUUGUGGAUGCCGCAGAGGAGCAAACUCGCCGGAGCUGGCCUCGGCUGGACCUGGGUGGCGGGAGGCGGUACCUGAAGCUGGGGAACAAGGAGGACUCUGUGGACCGGCUGCUGGGGCAGCUGGAGCAGCAGUGUGUCCAGUGGGAUAAGAGUUUUGGAUCUGGGCCUUUCCAAUGAUCGGCAGAUUUUUAUGGUGAACUCUGGAUACAAACACCCUUGCAACCAUCAUGACAUCUUCCUGUGGAUUCUAUAUUUUGAUGGGGGCAGAGACACUGAGCCCUGGAUCAUAUAGAGUACAGUAUUUCUCACAGGAUCUUCCAAAACUAGAGCACUUUCGCAAUCUUCAGUGGAAUAAUAAUAUGCAGAGGUUACAGUCUGUGCUUGGCUUCCAAUCUGAUCUGCCAGAUGUUUUAUAUAAUUAAAGGAACAAUGCAGGCUCUGCACUGUCACAGAUGAGCAAAAAGGUUUGACACACCGUUUACUUCUGCAAUAUGGGGUUAGCAGCAAUGCCAGAAAUUAACUUGUUUCUCAAAACAGAGCUGUGUUUGACAGUUUCUAGGACACAGUAUGCAGCAGAGAUAGAAGGGCGAUGCGUUUCACUGUGCAAACAACUCUGAACCAAACUACCUGGACCUGAGUCCAUAAAGUGCUGACAGCUCUUGACAAAUGCAACUGGUAUAUUACAAUGGGAUUUGUUUUCCUCAGACGAGGUCCCAUACUCCAAAUGUAAUGCAUGGCAGUGAUGUACAGUAUGUUACAUCUUAAUACUUUUGCAGAUGAAUGUCAUUGUGGGGUUUAUGUGUAUAAGAAGUGAUAAUAAAAGGAUCAUUCAGUUUAUUAUAGCUUGGGCCUUGUUUUCUUAGGCUUGGCCAUUGUUUCUGUGGUAACCUUGGGAACAACCUUCACGUGUAUUGCAGUUAUGUUUAUUAAUUUGCUAUAUUGCUUCAUUAACUACGUUUUAGUUCUGUGGUACUCUUUGUAUACCCCCAUGAUCGACUCAUCUUAAAUGGUCAAAACUAAAACAUAUGUGAAUAAAGAGAGAUUAAAUAAAA